CAUGCACUUCCUGGUUUACACAAUUUUCUUCCAUGACACAUUGUUCGUCUGGUUUUUUUGUUUAUCAUUUGACGUUUUAGAAAGAAAAUAAUAACACACCGUCGUGCCAGUUCUUUAUUAUUACCACCAGAGACGAUUUGAUAUGAAUUAGCCGUAAGAAGUUAGGUUCUGCAGCUGUCGGGCGUCUAUGAAGUGGUUGAGCCGGGUCGUCGGGCUCAGCAUGUGCGCCUCCGCAAAGUACAGUUCGCGGGGCCCGGCUCUGAUUCCUCGGAUGAAGACCAAGCACCGCAUCUACUACAUCGCGCUGUUCUCCGUGGUGCUCUUGGGCCUCAUCGCUACGGGCAUGUUCCAGUUCUGGCCGCACUCCAUCGAGUCCACGACGGACUGGACCUUGGACAAGCGCAGCGUGCACGACGCGCCCCUGGUGCACCUGCCGUUCUCCAGCCCAAUACCCGAGAGAGGGGACCUUAGUUGCCGCAUGCACACCUGCUUCGAUGUGUACCGCUGCGGCUACAACCCAAAGAACCGCAUUAAGGUGUACAUUUACCCGCUGCAGCGCUUCGUGGACGAGGUGGACGUGCCCAUCAGCAGCACGGGGCUGUCGCGCGAGUACAACGACCUGCUGACCGCCAUCUCCGACAGCGACUUCUACACCGACGACGUGUCGCGCGCCUGCCUCUUCAUCCCGUCCAUCGACGUGCUGAACCAGAACUCUCUGCGCAUCCGCGAGACGGCCCAGGCCCUGGCACAGCUGCCCCGGUGGGACAGGGGGAUGAACCACCUGCUGUUUAACCUGCUGCCCGGCGGGCCCCCAGACUACAACACCGCACUGGACGUGCCCAGAGACAGAGCUCUUCUGGCGGGUGGGGGCUUCUCCACAUGGACGUACCGGCAGGGCUACGACGUCAGCAUCCCCGUCUACAGCCCCCUGUCUGCUGAGGAGCUGCCUGAGAGACAGCCUGGGCCCCGGCGGUACUUCCUGCUCUCCUCUCAGACGGCGCUCCAUGCGGAGUACCGGGCGGAGUUGGAGCAGCUGAAGCAGGAGAACGGGGAGGCGGUCCUGCUGCUGGACCGCUGCAGCAACCUGUCGCAGGGCGUGGCCUCCGCCCGCAAGCGCUGCCACCGGGGCCAGGUGUACGACUACCCCCACGUCCUGCAGGAGUCGUCGUUCUGCGUGGUGCUGCGGGGGGCGCGGCUGGGCCAGGCUGCUCUGAGUGACGUGCUGCAGGCCGGGUGUGUCCCUGUAGUGGUGGCGGACUCCUACAUCCUGCCCUUUUCUGAGGUGCUGGACUGGAAGCGCGCCUCCGUGCAGAUCCCCGAGGACAAGCAGCCCCAGAUGUACUCCAUCCUGAAGAGCAUCCCCCACAGGCAGGUGGAGGAGAUGCAGAGACAGGUGUGGAGGGAGUUCCCUGACAGGCUGGUGGGGUACCCCGGGCGGCUGCACCUGUGGGACCAUGAGAUGGGAAAGUGGAAGUAUGAGUCUGAGUGGACCAACGAGGUGUCCAUGGUGCUGACCGGAGCCGCCUUCUACCACAAGUACUUUAAUUACCUGUACAGCUAUAAGAUGCCUGGAGACAUAAAGAACUGGGUGGACAACCACAUGAACUGUGAGGACAUCGCUAUGAACUUCCUGGUGGCCAACAUCACAGGGAAGGCUCCCAUUAAGGUGACCCCUCGGAAGAAGUUCAAAUGUCCUGAGUGCACUGCCAUCGACGUCUCCCUGGACCAGACACACAUGGUGGAGAGGUCGGAGUGCAUUAAUAAGUUUGCCUCUGUUUUUGGGACAAUGCCUCUGAAGGUUGUGGAGCACCGGGCGGACCCUGUCCUGUACAAGGACGACUUCCAAAAGCUCAAGAGCUUCCCCAACAUCGGGAGCCUGUGAGGGGGGUCCUGCCCCAACGUCGGGGUCCCCAAAAACAAAAGACUGUUCCAGACCUUUAUUUCACAUCAAACAACCCCCUACCAUUCCAAACCUUACCCUUUCAUUUCUUUAGUUCAUCACUCUUUCACACAGGGA